AUGGCAGCCCCUCUGCUACAGCCGGUCCAUCUAGGUUUCAACCCUACUCGUCAAGAUGUCCGAGUCGCAGAACUCAUCCUCAUGGGGCUCCGGCUCAGGGCCAUGCCAGGCCACCUGCCUCCCGAGCUGGCGCUCUCCAUCCUAGCACACGCGGACUACCAGCCACGCACCAUGAGUUGCCGGGUUGAGGAGCUCGAAUACCAUGCCAACGACUUCUGGGAGCCUGGCCCCCGGGCCUCGGUCGCGGCCCUGUACCUGACGACCCAGACGCUACCGCCAUAUUUCCGCCGCGCGUCGCGGAUCACACUACAGAUGCGCAGCGCCGACCAGGGCUGGGCGACUUUUGGCGGCGACGGGACGUAUGAGAACAGCCACACCUGGUUUGAAGUCUGCAUCCUGCGUCCUCUGCCAAGUGCCACAGCGUCUGCGCCGCCAGGGGUCCAGCAGCCUCUUGAAGUGCAGAUGUCACAGACAUUCCGCAGCCCGGGUGACGCAAAUCAGGAACUUGAGCAACAGGGUUGGCGUAUAGUGAAUCACGACGGCAGAGACACUUGGAUGGUCCACCACAACAUCACGGCCUCUGAAGAUUGGGAAAAUUAUCGAGUCGACUGGCUAGCCGAUACACCCACUGACAUUGAAGAUCCGAGAGCUGUUGGUGAUGGCGAGGGAUUUCUGUCCGCAUUGAUGCCUGGUGACAAGAUUGCUCUUUGGGCCAGUGCAGAGCAACAAGCGUGGAUGAUCAGGGUUGCAGAGGCCGUUGUUGAGAUUGUGUAUGAAGUUUGGAUUUAA